GCCCUUUAAUAUAACCAACAUUGGUUCUCCGCACGUUUGUCGCUCUAUGAGUGAAGAGUGGAUGUCUUUUUUGGUAGGAAAAAUGCCUCUCGAAGUGUCAGCGAUAUUGGACCGCGAUUCAGCCAUUUACCUUACUGGAGAGUCCAUCUUAGUGAAGGUAACUCUGAAGAACUUAGCUCCAAAAGGACGUGAAUCUUUGGCGUGGGGAAGUGUUCAGUUGACUUGCGAGCGCACUAUGGGAGCUCACGUUGCGUUUCGUGAUCGACCCACAACAGCCAUAUCAAGGAGCGCUUCUACAGUGUACUCCUCAAAGCCGAACGUUCUCUUUUGCGAUGUUGAACUGAAUCAUGGGGAGUCUCGUCAAUUUAGCUGCGAGAUUCCUCUUCCCAUGCAUGAAUUGCCUCCAUCGUUUCGUGGUCACCUUGUCAGGUAUCUCAAUCGGAUAACCGUUGCUGUGCAGCAUGUUCGAGCACCGAUCAAACUUAUGCACAUACCAGUGAGGAUCAUUCCAGCAGUAGGAGUUGAGGACGUUCCAAAAGUUGAAAAGAAUCCAUUCUUGAUAGGAAACAUGGCAUCAGCUACGAUCUCACAGACUAUGAUGGCUGCUGUGGAUGAGAUAACAGCUCCUAAAAGGGCGUAUAUGUUUAGUAUGACGAAUGCGAAAGGUAAAGUUGCGACCAUGACGCUUUUCAAAAAAACUUUUCGAUUGGGAGAAGAUGUUUUGGGAGUACUCAGUUUUGAAGAUUCUGGAGUCCCAUGUGUCCAAUACUCUGUACAUCUGGAAACUGUAGAACAGCUCGCUGAAGAUGUGGUAGGAGAGCGUGGCGAGGUCAAAACGGAAGGAAUGGAGAACGUCGCUGUAUACUCGAACGAUUAUGUCGUAUGUGCCUAUGCAUCUGAAAGUUCGUUUCGAUUAUCAAUACCGAUGCAUGCUCCUCCAACUUUCCACACAGACACUAUACAUUUGAAAUGGAGAUUGCGGUUUGAAUUCGUCACAUCGGAACCUUUGAUCAACGUUGUUUAUGGUGAAGUUUGCAAAGCACCCAUAGAUGUACCUAUCGAAACGCUGGCGUGGAAGACGGAUAUCUAUGUGCUACCCUGCAGCCCUCAAAACGCAGCACUUACAGAUUCAUCUCAUGUUGGAAAUGCUUCCAUGGUAUUAUAAUAUUGUUUGUACAUAUCAAAAUCAUUGUAAAAUCAGCAAAGCCUGAAUUUGGCUGUAUAUCUGUGAUUUAUAAUUUAUACAAAGACGAAAAUAAUAAAGAAUAAAAGGACG